UUCUGAAGGCAGUGGCAGUCUUUUUAGUGGGAUUACCUUUUAAACGCCUUGUGGCUUCAACUCUACCCUCGUCCCGACAGUGGCGGGCACGUGAGCACACUCAGGCUGACGUCAUCGGCGUUCUUUGGACUGCCCGCAAUCGGCGAAGAUGUCUUGUUUUUUAAAAUCUCGGUGGUGCUUUUUAACAGACGCAGAAGUAACAGCCACAUUCGAAUGGAUCUUUAAACAAUGGAUCUUUACAGAUUGACAGGGAUUGUUGUGCAGUUUUGGCUGUUAUGCCUACUGUGUAUCCGAUGCCAGCCACCAGCCAUCGAGGGCAUUCUUAUUGACUUCAAUCAAGAACCACCUAAAGAAUGGGAUACUGAACUGCCAAGAGUGGUAAAAGGCAUAAAGCUGUCCUACAAAUCAGUGCAUAACCAAAUAGUUUAUCAAGUGUGCAACUCUCACUACAAACAAGAGAACAAGCGGUUCUGGAGUGACUGGACAGAUAAGGGAGAAGCACAACAUCUCUUUCUAGACUUGGAAUUUGCUAUUGAAACCUGUGAACCAGGUUUUCCAGUUUGCACUAAUCAACUGCAUGUCUACUUGAUUCAGUCAGAAAAUGAAGAGAGAAUUAGUUUCACCAAGGCAAAGAAAAUUGAAGUAAACAGUGAAAAAUAUUUUGAGUAUAAUGCUGAUAUAAAAAACAUUUUUGAACAUAUCAACAUUAUUUCUGGUAUUUAUCUUGGAUCCCUUUCCAGGUCAGGAUUCUAUUUGGCAUUUGAAUAUGAUGGACCAUGUCUAUUCCUGUUCAGGUCAAGGCUGUAUUAUAAAAAGUGUCCAGCAUAUACUGAGAACCUGGUUACCUUCCAGACCAGCACUGGAGGAACUGGUAACAUUGUUGGUACCUGUGUAGAAAAUGCCUUGGAGGAUUCAACCCCAACUAGAGAGUGUCAAAUAGAUGGGCUUUGGGGGAAUUUGCAAGGAUACUGUACCUGUGACAAAGGCUUUGAACAAAAAGAACAUAUCUGUCAAGCUUGCAAGAUGGGGUUCUACAAGCCAGCAAAUGAGACUGGCCCAUGUCGUCAGUGUCCACCAAACACCGUAACAACAAAACAUGGAGCAGAGCUGUGCAUUUGCAUGACAGGGUUCAGCCGAUUGAACACUGAUCCUCUAGAUAUGGGCUGUACUAAGCCUCCAUCUCCACCUCACAAUCUUACUUUCAUACGGACUCCUACUUCUAUAAAAUUGUCCUGGGAACCUCCGAGAGACACUGGAGGGCGAGAUGACUUGGAAUAUCAUGUUACCUGUGGGUUUAUAGCUCAGCCUGAGAUCAAUGAAUGGAAGAGAUGUGGGGAUACUAUCCAGUAUUUACCACAGGGACAAAAUUUAAUCAACACUACUCUAUGGAUCACUGGUCUGCAAAUGGAGAAUGAGUACCAUUUUGAGGUUGAAGCUGCCAAUGGAUUAUCAACUUCUGAGUCCAGGGGGAGCUCUAUAAUUUCUAUUAACAUUUUCAAUAAAGAGUCUUCCAUCUUAUCCUCAACAGUAGUGCAGCAAAAAGAAGGAGGAAUAUUUUACUAUAUUAUUGGUGGAGUGGGACUUCUGCUAGUAGCAGUCCUGAUUUUGAUCUCCCUAGUAGCGGCCCUUCGGAAGUCCAAGAAGCUUAGGUCUGAAGGGGAAGUGGAGCUACAGCUCCUCAACUCUGGGCGGUCAUACAGACGACAGCCUCAGGAGAAUAGGGCAUCUUCUCAAGACCUGUGUCAACAAAUCCAAAACUUUCAGACCAUUGGCCUCAGUAAUGAACUAAAAAUGAAACUUCAAGGUGUUCUUGUGGAUCGCAAUCUUCUGACUCUGGGGAGAGACCUGGGAGCAGGGGAGUUUGGGAAUGUCUACAAAGGCAUAUUUCAAGCAAAAAACAGUCAUCAAAUUGAAGUGGCUGUGAAAACUAUGAAAGUGGGGAUCUACAGUUUGGAAGAACUGGAGUCAUUCCUUAAGGAAGCUGAACUUAUGCAGAAUUUUGACCAUCCCAAUGUGAUGAGUUUAUUAGGAGUCUCACUUGAAUCAAGCACUGAAAGCAGAAUCCCGAUUCCUUUGGUCAUUCUACCCUUCAUGAAUCAUGGAGAUCUGAGACGUUUUUUACUAGCGACCCGGCAUGGAGAAAUUCCUAUGUUUGUACCCUAUCAGACACUUCUGCGUUUUAUGAUUGAUAUAUCUUCAGGGAUGGAGUACCUCUCUUCCAAGGGUUUUUUGCACCGUGAUUUGGCUGCACGAAACUGUAUGAUUGGAGAUGACCUCAGGGUGUUUGUUGCUGAUUUUGGCCUCUCCAAAAAAAUCUACAGUGGCAAUUAUUACCGCCAGAAAAUAGCCAUUCGGAUGCCAAUAAAGUGGAUGGCUCUAGAGAGUUUAGCAGAGUCUGUGUACAGCAGCAAGAGUGAUGUGUGGUCUUUUGGAGUGACCAUGUGGGAGAUUGUAUCACGAGGACGAAUCCCAUAUCCCGGGUUACAGAAUCAUGAAUUGCUUGAAUACCUAGAAGCAGGAAAUCGGUUGAAGAUGCCUUCAGAUUGUGACCAAAAGCUAUAUGAGCUGAUGUGUUCUUGCUGGCAAGCAGAUGCGGUGGAGAGACCUGACUUCACAGACCUGAACUUGAACCUUAGGAGACAACUAGAUGCUCUGCCUCCUGUCCUAGCCAAAGAAGAGGCAUAUUACAUCAACAUGGGCCUAGAAGCAGCAGCAUAUGGUGGAGGAAGUUUAGAUGAGGGAGAUAUGGGAAAUAUGUACAUGCCCUCACCCAAAGCUGCCUCUCCAAACAGCAUAGGCUGAACCGGUUGGCAGGACACUGACACUUUCAUGGCAGAUGCAUGUAAAUCCAAAUGUGGAUCAUUUAGGCACAUACCUGCUUGCUGCUUACUUUUCCAGUUGCUGGCUCUACUGGACAGAAAGAGAAAAAAGAAGGGAAUGUUUUUAAAAAUAUAUGGGUCGCCAUUCAGUACUUAAUAUGUAAUGAAUUUUUGCUGAUCAUAUAAUCAAAUUUUAAUUCAUUUUUUACACAUAUUUUUGAAAAGUGUUUUUUCAGGGUGGUUUUGAAUUUUUAGUUAUUGUGCACUUCAAGUUUAUUUUAUUUUAAAACAGUGUCUUUUUUACCUUAAUUAUUUUAAUCUACUAUCAUAGUGAUAGUAAAACAAAAUCCAAACUUGAUACAAGUACAAAAAUGUACUCUUAAAAUUUUAAUUGUAAACAGUGUGUUAUUUUGUCACACCUGUUAUUUUAUAAAUGAAAAGUGUUAAAAGAAUAUAUACAUCUGCUUUUAGGAGAUGUUGCUUGCCUGCUGAGGAGGUUCGUUUUACUAUUCUGGCCUUUGCAUAGCUAACAGAGGACACAUGGUUUGAAGACUGAGGGCAUAUCUUGAUAAGAACACAAUCUAGUAAUCAACUUGAUCAUUCAGUAAUCAUCCAUCAUCGUUAUUUUCCAUGGGCCCAGCAUUAAAAUAUAAAGUUGCUCUGAAGCAGUGGUUCUCAAUACAAUACCUGAUGAUUUUGUUUCAAUCCACUUCUUAUUCCAUGACCAGUCACUACAUCAUAAUUAAUUCAUCCAAUGAUGCAUCUAUUUCUUGAACUUGGUUCUUCUAUUAUAGGGCACAGGGAGCCAGAACAUACUCAGGCAACACUGGCACCAGGUGGAAUCCCAUCCACCCGUCAAUCAAGAGCCACAUUUUUCCACACCGCUACAUACACACAUAACAGUCAGUUCAGUGGCUGUGGUUUGGGAUGUCAGAAGAGACCUGGGUGCCAAGAGAAAAGCCACACCGACUGUGGCAACAACAACAACAUUUAUUUCUAUAGCACAAUUUGAUGGAUGUAACUCGAAAGUGCCUUACAAGAUGUGAAUGAAAUAGUUACAAGUAAAGAAAAACAAAUUAAAAUUAGGUACGAAUAAAUAUGCAUAAAUAACAAAAAAAAUAAAUAUGGAGUUACAUAAAAUAGUUACAUAUUUAGUAGAAAGGUAUAAUCUUAUAUAUGGUAUCCUAUUCUAUGUCUCUAAAGAUGAGUAUAAUGAUAAGGUCAGAUUCUGGGAGGACAGAAAAAAUAAAAAAAAAUACUCCAGAUAAGUUAGAGAAAAAACACAUUCUGCAAGGGUUUCAACUUCCAAAACUGAAAGACUACUCGGCCCCCCUUGGAAUUCUAUCUAACAUAAAUGUUCUUUUAAGUUGUUACUUUUUUUUUUAGAUUUUGUCCAAGUGGAUUUGAUGCAGUGCGUCUCAUCAACAGCCUGGGCACCCAACUUCAUUCGAGCAUCACAGGCAGCUAAACAGUGAAAAACCAGAAAAGAAAGCAGAGAAAUGGGGAGAUUAAUAAUGAAGAAUAUUGUAAUUCUUUGCAUGUAUGAUCUAUUAGAAGUAAAACUAAAAUGCAGCCAAGAAUAAGCCAAAUUUUACCAAAAAGUGUUUUUAUGAGUUUUUAAAAUGAUCCAUGAUGUUUGCAUGGUAUAUCUCUAUUGGAAAAGGCCUUUUUGGUGCACAACAUUUCUUUUAUACUUAACUCAUGGAAUAAUGAGCAGACCACCGCUAGAGGAUCUAAGGUUAUAUUGUAAUACAGGGGUGGAAAGCACUCCAAAAUAUAGGAAGGAGCAAGAUUAUUUAAAGUUAGUUAUAACAUUAGCUGUAUUUUAAAUUCAAUUGUUAAGGUAAUCAGUGAGAUGUGCUCAAAUUUUCCUCUUCUGAAUAAGCUGCUUUAUUCUGAACUAAUUGCAACUGAUGUCUUUCUCAAGUAGUCCUGUUAGGAGUGCAUUACAGUUAUCUUGUUGACUAAAACAAAGGAGUGGAUCAAAUCUCAGCAAAUUGCAAUGUUACAAGAGGUCUAACUUUUUUAGCGUUCCUUAAAAGGAAAAAUGCAAUCCUAGUAAUAUAGUUAAUGUGUGAUUUAAAGUUUAGGUCAGAGAACAUGAUUAAUUUUUAACUUCCACAUUGACUUUUAAUGCUAUGGGAUCAAAUUUACACCUAAGACCUUCACUAUUUCCAUUUUGUGAACCACUAAGAUCUCUGUAUUUCCCUUAUUUAAUUUGAGAAAAUGACUACUUAUUAAUUCUGAGAUUUAUUGGAUCAUCUUAGCCCAAAGCUUCAGUGUCGUCAGGUACUAUAGAUAAGUAUAAGUGCAUGUCAUCUGCAUAGCUGUGUUCACCUUGUGUUUAGAAAUAAUCUGCCUUAAUGGGACCAUGUAGAUUGAAAAUAACAAUGGGCUAGAAUAGAUCCUUGUGGCACACCAUACAGUAUACAGUAUCAAGGAUUCCCAGACUACAAAUACCACAACUAACAAAGAAUUUUCAAUCUGUUAAUUAUGACUCAAGCCAGUUUAAAACACUGCCUCAGAAACCCACCCGUUGUCUAAGACUAUUUUUAAAGCAUUUUCAAAGUCUAAGAGGACAUGAACAGGUAUGAUGUCUGUGUCCACAUUAAUCUGCAAGUCCUUUACUUAUACUGUACUAUAAAUUGUUCUUAAAACCUGACUGAAAGUUUUCCAGAAUAAAAUGUCUGUUUAAAUAAUUGUUUAACUGAUGAAAAACUGCUAUUUCUGAAGGUUUACUUAAAAAGUUGGCUAGAAAUAGAUCUAAAGUUGUCAAAUACAGAGGAGUCUAGAUUACUUUUUCUUGAGCAGAGGUUUAACUACUGCAGUCUUCAGAGAAUCUGGGAAGACCCUGGUAAAUAAUGAUGAAUUAACAAUGUCAGGUACUGUCAGCACUGUGGAGAUGUCUUUGGAAAAGCCUGUUGGGACUUGGCCAAGGACACAAGUGGAGUUUUUGAGUUGAGUUCAGGUAAACCUGUUUCAGUGAAGGAAUUCAACAGAAAGAGCAUAUUGAUUAAUAAUUAUUAAUGUUGGAGUGAUGUAUUAUAUUGCAUCUAAUCUAUGCAUAAUUAAGUAAUCAAUUAAAUAAUUAAAAAUAAAACUUGGAUUAAGCAAACAUUCACACUGGCAAGACUGGAAAUUGAACCCAGCUCACUAAAGCUGUGAGGCAGUAGUGCUGACUACUUUUUCCACUAUUCUUUAAUCUUUACCAUUGUCUACACAGUUAACAUACUACUGUUAUUAUGAUGUAGGUGUAGAAACGGGCAACAGUGUGAGAGACUUGAAACACUAAAUUUUCUUUAUCAAGAUUUGUUGACUGGGAUAAGCAAGCAUAGAAAAUAAUUAAUCAACAUAUUUUACUGAUUUAGAUUUAUUUUAAAGUAGGAUAUUUUCAUUGCACUAGUUUUCCUUUAAAAUGAUAACAAAUGGGAGACACCAGUGUAAAUGACAUUAUGUCUUAAACCAGGUCAUCCCAUUGACUUCCAUUCACUUAUGUGUGCUCAGCAAAUGAAUGUUGCAGUAAUUUGCCUGUAUGAAGGAAAUAUCUGAGGAAAGUAAUAAAAAUAAAAUUUGAAAAAUAUUAAUAGUGGAAUAAAAUACAACAAUUGUAUAACACGUUUAUAAGUAAUUCUAAAGGAUGAUUCAGUGAAGUUUUAAAUCUUGAAACAAAUCUCACCUAAUAUUGUUCAAGUGAAAUGAGAGUAAGUGAUGUGGAAAUAAUUGAGUUAUUUAGGUGCUGCUUACUAGAACGUUUUUCUUCAAAUUAAGUCUAGUUUGGGUCUCCUGAGUAAUACUUUUGGGAAUCCCAGUGUGACCUUGGUUGAAAAUGUAAAUUGGCUGAUGUUUAUCCACCUUCUAACUGGCUUAUCAUGUUCAGUGUCACAGGAAGGGCUGCUACCUACCUCAGCAGCAUUGGGAGGUAGAUCUUCUCAGGAUACAGACGGUUACUCUGGGCUACUGUAGAAUCAUGGAAAUCUAAAAUAUGUUGGUUUAUUAUUAUUAUGGUACAUGUAGUUAUUGCUAUUCUGUACAGACAUGCUAUCAAGAUUAUUAUAAAGAACUAAAGAAUGUAUGUAUGUAAAGCUAUCAUAAAAUGAAGUAAACCAACUUUGGCAGAGAUUCUAGAUGCUGGUAUAUUUUUUUUUCAUUUUUCUGAUGAUGUCUCAUGUUGAAAGUUGUGUUUUGGACUAUUUGUAUUUUUUUUCCUCAGUACAACCAAUUUGUGGAGUCCCUUUGAUCUGCAAAUGCCUGUCAACAGCUUUUGUUGCAAUAUUAAAGUCUUAAACUUCCAUGAAACAUAUGGUAAAUGUUUCCUCAAUUCUCACUGUGCACUUGGAAGGUGAAAAGAGGUGGGUAUUUUACUCACCAGUAUAGGCAAACCCUCCACUAUGUAAAAAAAUGAACCUGCAUAUUGAACUUUCCACUAUUCCCUUGGAUUUUUUUAAGCUAACAUCAUGCUGCCUGUAUGGGGUGUUGUUCUUCCUUGGACUAUAUAUUGAAAUGCAUUAAAAAUGUACUAAGUGUAUUUGUAACUAUUAUUGUCAAUGUAGUUCUGUUACAUCAUUGAAAUGUGAUCCAAUUACUGAUGUGUUUUGUUUGAAAGGCCUAUUUUCGCUUUAUAGUGUUUGCCUUUAGUUUUAACCUUGAAUGUAACAUGCAUAGAGAAUUUUGCUCACCCGAAUAUGUGUCAUGAUUCCUGCUAAUGAUAAGCAUUUACAAGAACCAAUUUCAGAUGGUCAGACAAAAGGACUGAUGCCUUAGUGCAAUUCGAACUUUGACCACUAGGUGGAAGUGUUGCAAAAGGAACAGCAGUCCUAAGCACACAACUUGAACUGGACGAAUUCAGUUCCUCUUAACAGCAAAGCAGUGUUGUAAAUUUAAAAUUGUUAGGGUGCCAGACAUGAUACUGCGAGUAUAAAUAAUUAUGCAUAUGAAAAUGUGUAUUGUAGAGUGAAAAAAUGUUCUUAACCUGUAUUACUACAUACCCAUAAAUAAUUUGAUGUUUUAUAGGUAAGGUGUGUAUCUAUUUUCACACAAACUAGAGCAGUGGCAGUUUAAAUGACUUGUUUAGGGAUAUACAGAUAUUUGGUGGUGAGGAUUGAAUCAGCAGCUUUGCAGUUUCUUAGCUAACAGGCCUUACUAUGUGCACAUGUACUAAAGAAACAUUUUCAAUAAAACAAAUACAAAAUAA